GAGAUACCGCAAGUGGGGCAAGAAGCUCUUCCGAUCCAUUGUGGAGCACAGCAAAGUCGCCGGCGGCUACGGCUCGGUCGAGGACGUCACCGUGGUGCCCACGAAGAAGAUGGAUGAGAUGCAGUCCUUCGUGAUGGCUGAGACCUUCAAGUAUCUGUAUCUGCUGUUCUCGCCCAAUGAGGCAUUCGAUUUGGACCGCUACGUUCUGAAUACCGAGGUACAAACUACCAUAUUCGCCGAGCCUGGAAGGAUGAAAAACAAAGCGUGGAAAGGUCUGGUAGGCCGGCAUGGAUUCGAGUUCAAGCCUGUGCACCGUCAUGGCAUGUACGAGGAACCCAACGAUCGAGCUGUCAAAAAGCACUUGGGCACUCUAGCCACCAAUGCUGCGACAGCUCGCGUUGCCCUCAUCACGUCAGAUGAUGACUUUGUCCCGGACAUGCGGAACAUAGUCCUGGCAGGGAAAGAGGCCUUGAUUUGCACAUCAUCGAAGUAUUAUGGGUUAGCACAGAAGUACAAACAGGCUGGAGUAUUGGUUGUGUCACUAGACUCUGAAAAAACGAUCACGUACAAGGUAAGGGCGGUCCUCGAGUCUGAUGGCACUGGUUUUGUGCAACGUUGCUGCCCUAUCCCUCACAGAUCAUUGCCCAAAGAAGUUGGCAUCCUCAGAGAAUUCAUGUCCAGCUCGGGAUAUAUGCCCACUGGCCGUGAGUACUUGCAGUCAUGCAUCGCCAAGUGGUGUUUCACGAACUCUUUAGGCCCAAUCACUGUGUAUCCAGCCACUUCUUGCUUUUUGGAGUCGUAUCAGUUCGUCACUGGGGGCUUGGCACGAGAUGCAAGGGAGGACGUUGCAUUCUUUCUUCCGCUGGGGUAUGCAAUAUCGGGAAGCCUAGGACGACGGAAGAGCAUCAUCGACAAGUAUGGCUCCGGGCGUGGCUGGAGCGUAUCUCAUGCAGGAGGUCCCUUUAUCUUGACUCCUUCCUCGGAUCUGGUCAGCGAGGCUUUGGAACGACUGGGCUUCCUAGACAGCCACCUAAAUUCAGAUGUUUCCGAGGCGAUGUUGGUGUUUGCGAACAUAUCAACGAACAAAAUGCUCCUGAGAAAGCUGGAAGCACUCCCGGAAGAUGGCGAGCGUGCGGAACAGUUGCAACACAAGUUCGAGCAAGCUUUCCUUUCCAGCCGCGGUAGCGGACAGUGGCAAGUGGCACCAUCGGAUUCACGGCUUCGCGCAACUUUUGCACGUGCAAAUCGUAUUACCGACGCGUCUGCAUCGCGGGAGGAAGUCUUCGCCGUGAUGCAGGAGUAUUCGAAGAAGAAAGGGCUGCCAAGACUGAAGACUUACAAUGGCCUUGCCUGGCAAAUUCUGCGGCAUAUGAACCGCAAGGAUCCUUCGCGCAGGGAU